CCAUCUCCGCCCCAAAAUUUGAAGGCGAAUGCGACUUCAACAACAAUAAUGGUCUCUUGGGAGCCACCUGCUUCACCAAAUGGCAUAAUUGACAAAUAUAUUGUGGAAAUUGCCGGUUUGGAAACCCAGCCUGUGAUACUUAGUUUAACUGCCACGUUCUCUGGCCUUACGCCUAUGACGAAGUACAACGUUACUGUAAAAGCUAGCAACUCUCCCAACUCUACCUCAGAGCCUACCUCAAUAGAAGUAACUACACUUCCGAGUGGAUUGGUAGCGCCGACUAAUCUCAAUUUGGUGGCGACGGGAAAUACCAGUUUGAAUGCAUCCUGGACUUACACACAAGGCAGCACUCCUGUCCAGAAGUAUACAGUAAAGAUAACUUCAAGUAAAAAUCCCAACACGACUACCCAGGAAACAACAGAAAAAUAUAUCACGGUGAAUAACCUCGAGUGCUUCACGGAAUAUACUGUUGAAAUUGCGGCAGUCGGUAAUGACAUGGCUGGCCCGACGGUCAGUGGAAAGGUGAAAACUUGGCCAGGACUACCCGAGAUGCCGGAAAUUUAUUAUCUUGGUUACUCGAGUGCUCCAAAGCGAAUCGAUGUAAAAUUCAGAGAGCCUCGGUUAAAUGGAGAGCUAUCCUCUUAUGAAUACGAGUUCUAUUUCAAUGAUACUUCCUUUGACGGUGGCUGGGCUUUCACGGGCAGUUUCGAUUCCAAACCAUUAAAAAAAUUGGGCGGCUAUUUUGUGGAAGUGUGGGCCAAUACGAAACCGAACCAGGAAGGCCAUGGUGGUGGUAGGGGUCCCGCAUGCCGGGCCGGACCAAUUAUGUAUCCACCUCAAUAG